GCACAGCCGAGACUGAAUCCGAGCGCGGCGCACUCUCCUCGGUGGCGAGCGAUGGGGAGGGACGGGGCGAUCGGGGGCUCCGCGGUGCUGUGGGCUCUGCUGGCCGCCCACCUAGCGAUGGCGUUCGAGCCCGUGAGCGUGGGCAUCGCCAUCGGGGCCGUGUCGCUCACCGGCUACCUGUCCUACUCCGACUUGUACUGCCGCUUCACCGAGUGCUGCCAUGAGGACCGGCCCCUCAACGCCUCGGCCCUCAAGCUGGCCCUGGAGGAGAAGCUGUUUGGACAGCACCUCGCCACCGAAGUGAUUCUCAAGGCACUGACCGGCUUCAGGAACAAUAAAAAUCCCAAGAAACCACUGACUCUGUCCUUACACGGCUGGGCUGGCACGGGCAAGAAUUUUGUCAGCCAGAUUGUGGCUGAAAACCUUUACCCAAAAGGCCUGAAGAGUAACUUUGUCCACCUGUUCGUCUCUACCCUGCACUUCCCUCAUGAGCAGAAGACAAAACUGUACCAGGACCAGCUCCAGAAGUGGAUCCGAGGCAAUGUGAGUGCGUGUGGCAGCUCCGUCUUCAUCUUUGACGAGAUGGAUAAGUUGCAUCCCGGGAUCAUUGAUGCAAUCAAGCCCUUCCUAGACUACUAUGAGCAGGUGGAUGGGAUUUCCUACCGCAAAGCCAUCUUCAUCUUCCUCAGUAAUGCAGGCGGGGACCUGAUAACUAAGACGACCCUGGACUUCUGGCGGGCAGGAAGGAAGAGGGAAGAGAUCCAGCUGAAGGACCUGGAGCCUGUGCUGUCUGUGGGCGCCUUCAACAAUAAACACAGUGGUCUGUGGCACAGUGGGCUGAUAGACAAAAACCUCAUCGACUACUUUAUCCCCUUCCUGCCCUUGGAGUACAGACACGUGAAGAUGUGUGUGCGGGCAGAGAUGCGGGCACGAGGGGCCGCUGUGGAUGAAGACAUCGUCACUAGGGUAGCAGAUGAAAUGACCUUUUUCCCCAAGGACGAGAAGAUCUACUCGGACAAGGGCUGCAAGACUGUGCAGUCACGGCUGGAUUUCCAUUGAGCUCCCACAGGGUGGGAGGAUUCAGGGGAGCCUCCCACCACCUCCAUGGCCUUGCCUUGCCCAAGUACUUUGAAGACCCCCUUGGGGCUUUGCACAUUUGCACCUGUGGACUCUGGGGAUGCUGUCGAUACUGCAUGGCAGCAGCUGAAUGUUUAGAACCCUUACACUGUUACUGUGAAUCAAGUGCCUCGAAACAUUUGAAUGCAGGAGGCCAGUGGCACCCAUGCCUCAGACGCCACUAAUGGGCUACAGCACCCUGCUGCAGCCUUGGGGAAGCACCUGAGGUUUCUUGGUUUUGCCCUGAGCUGGCACUGUCAGUUUAAAGCUGGUGCAUUGACAGCUGUUCAGUCUGAGGGGAGCAUGUGGGCUUGACCUUGGCUGAACUGGCAGCAGGAGCAGUGAGGACUCCCUCUGAGGCCCACCACACACUGGGACACAGAGCCUAGCUACUGCUCACAGCUGUGGCUGCGGGCUCUCUCCCGUCCCACUGUGUAGGGGCUGCAACCUGCCUCGGACUCUGUCUCCUCAACUGUUAGAUUCACCCCAGCCUCAUCCCUGGUCAUGUCAGAACGGGCUGUGAGUGCUGACCUGUUACACUUGCUCUGAAGGUCAAGUCAGCCCUACAGCACCAGUCACAUGCAUAGGAAAAGCAAGCUCUAGGCCACCCACCCACCCACCCCACCCCCACACACCCGGGGUUGCUGACUCCAUCUAAAGGAGUGGACCUGCCACGCACCAGAGAUGCCUUUUAAAAAAAAACAAAACAAAACAUGUUUUUUAUUUCUAAACCUUAGGUAAUAAAGUAUGAGAUGCCAUGUAUUUUAAAAUCUAGGAAGCACCCAGUGGUGGUGGUGCAUGCCUUUAAUGCAGCACUUGGGAGGCCAGGCAGACGAGACAGAUCUCUCAGUUGAAGGCCAGCCUGGUCUGCAAAGUGAGUUCUAGGACAGCCAGGGCUGUUACAGAGAGAUGCUGUUUCAAAAAACAACAACCUAGGAAGGACAUAGAAUAAGUAUUCUUAGUCUCGGGUUGUAUUGUAGUUGGGUGCAUGAUCCUAGCAGGAAGAUCCUCUGCAGGUUGUGAGUUUGAAGCUAGCCUGAGCUACAUGAAACUCUUAAAAGGAAAAAAAAAAAAAAAGGUUUUCUUGUCAAUGUCUGUGUGUAGAGAGUAGAACUAUGUGAGCACAAUUUUAGACCCCCCCAGUCCUCAAUUUGUGGUGGGUGCUCGGUGUAAUCUCAGGGAUGCCUUGAGUGUGGGUCCUGGGCCAGGCUGCUCUACUGUAGGAAGUAAGCCUGUGAUGCCGGCCUCCUGAACCUUUGCAGGGCAGUUGCAGACAUGAGAACACUGUGCCGUAUUUUUAUGGAAUGUGGGAGAAUGACUAUUUUUAUAACAUGGAAAUGCCUUCUAGAGCAUCACAUUUAGUCUUUUAAAAAAUGCCAAGGUGAGCUGGGUGUGGUGGUGAAGCUUU